AUGUCUAAUCUUAUGAAAAACUAUGAUGAGCAGAUUCUAUAUCGCCAAGUUAAGUCGCUAAAAUCGGGUCAAAUACAUAGAUUCAAGAUCGAAUAUACUCCUCUUGACGGCAGUGAUUCUGUUGAGCUACCACCAAAUCUUUGGUUAAAAGUGAAGAAUAAAGAAAUGAUUGCGAUGAGGGCUGCUUACUUGGCGGGUCCUUAUGUGUUAUACGUGGAUUGCAAGUCAGAUGAAUACGAUCUUAACAAAAAAUGCUUUGUGACAGCAGAUCAGCCAACAUUUGAACCGCAGUUGCUACCAGGACAGUCUUUCUAUAAUGAGCUAUCUUGCCAUACCUUGAAGGAUAAAUACGUGUGGACUAUUGAUGUGAUAUCUCAAAUUGUAUUCAACAAUACGAUCGACGUUGAUUUUGAAAUAAUGUUAGGCACAUCGAAACGGGUAUUGCAUGAGGCUUCCAUCCCAGAGAAAAAGGUUCCAAACUACGAUAGGAUUGGAUCAUUCAUACCGAACAGCAUUUUGAAUGUAACGACUUGGGAUACAUUGGAUUUGUGGAAUCUACCGAUUCCUGAUCAUAAAAAGCCUAUUCAUUUGGUAAUAUUAACUCAUGGACUCCACUCAAACAUAUCGACUGACAUGCUCUAUCUCAAGGAACAAAUUGAUAAAAUUGAAGAUAAUAUAGUCGUAAAAGGAUUUUUUGGGAAUAUUGGUAAGACAGAAAGAGGCAUUAAGUACCUUGGGUCCAGGGUAGCUGAAUAUAUUAUAGAUUUGGUAUCAAACGACACGAUGUUCAAUAAUGGAAAGGUUGGAAAAGUUUCAUUUAUUGGCCAUUCAUUAGGUGGUUUAGUGCAAACUUUUGCAAUUGCAUAUAUCCAGAAUAAUUUUCUGUGGUUCUUCAAAACAAUACAACCAAUUAAUUUUAUAACUUUGGCUUCUCCGAUGCUAGGUGUAGUAAAUGAGAAUCCAUUAUAUGUGAAAAUUGCGUUGCUGGCGGGAAUUGUGGGAAAAACAGGGCAGGAUUUGGGCUUAAAGUUCUUAGAGAAAGGUUCCAAGCCUUUAUUGUUAUUAUUGCCAACCGGCCCAACCCAUCAGGCUCUUAAGAUGUUUUCACGACGCACAGUCUACGCGAAUGUUAUUAAUGACGGUGUCGUUCCUUUAAGAACAUCUGCUUUAUUAUUUCUAGACUAUAAAGGAUUAAAUCAAGUUAUAAAUUCGAAAGAUAAUAAAGUAAAGAACUUGCAUAAUAAUUCAACAGUGGGAGAGAUACCUGCACGCGAAGAAGGAGCUCUCAAUGAUUCUUUUCUGCCGGUUCAAGCAAUGCUUUCUUAUUUCAUGCCUCAAAAACAUAAGAGGAAGCCAAAUCACCGUUAUCAAAAAUAUCAAACGACUACAAAUGAAGACUCUCAAGUUCUUCAGAAAACUAAUGAUGAAGGUACGAACUUUGACGCACCGAGGUCUUCAGUACUCGAAACUGCUACAUCAUUGAUUUUGCCACCAUUGCCAACCCCCAAGUAUAUAAAUGAUCCUGAAUCAAGGCCCAAUGUGAUCUUCCAUGAUAAAGUGUAUCAAGAGAGUGAUAUCCCAUCUAAGGAGCAAUCAAGUCAGAAACAUAAUCACUCUAAGGUAGUUUCUCCUAAGACAGAUAACAGUAAUGCAGCUCAGUCUUCAGGCAUAAAGAAGCGUAUUAUGAACUCCAUUGAUUCUGCUGACUUGCAAUCCUUAGAGGAGCAGAUUGCUAGAGAAUAUCACAAAAACAUGAAGUGGAGAAAAGUUUUAGUAAAGUUGAAACCAGAUGCACAUAAUAAUAUCAUAGUUAGAAGACGUUUUGCAAAUGCCUAUGGAUGGCCCGUUAUUGAGCAUUUGGUACAGAAUCAUUUUGCGUUAGAAAUCAACAGUGACGAAGACAAUAAAUUAGUUUCAAACAAUGCAAAAAUGAGAAGCUCUGACUCCCUUGAUAAGGAGCAGGGCCUUUCUGCCAUUUUAUCUAGAGAUACGAUUUCCCAGGAAAUUGGAGAAACUGAAAAGAAUGAAGACGAUACCGAAGAAAACGAUACUGAAGCUUGUGAGCAUCAUUGGAUCAAUUCUGAGGAUAAUGGAGAGUCUAUCUUUGCUGUUGGUCCAACUGGCCUUUUGUCAGAUGUAAGUGAAAUGGUCGGAAAUUUGAGAAAUCUGUGGCAUAAUCAUGGACUAUUUCCACCUGAAAAAGUGGCAGAUGAUUUGAAUAAUGAAGAACUGAACGGGUCAGUCCCCGGUAAAGAAAUAGAUAGCGAAUCUAAUGAUCUUGGCGCAGGAAAUCGUCUAAUGGGGGAAUUCAUUUAA